UAUCUCUCGAGCCACAGCAGGUCAGCCACUGUGUGGAGCACAACUGCGAUGGCUCUCUCAUUUGCUCAAUCUACCUUCUUCGUCUCCACUAGGCCCUCUCUCUUCCUCCGCAGAAAUGGCGGCAGCCUUAAACGAUGUAAUGUUCUCGCCUGUUUCACCAACUAUUCUUCUUCCUUUCCCUAUUCUACUGGUGCUAUGCCUGCAGAUAACAAAGCCCCCGUCCAUCGCCACAGGUGGAGGGCACCCGUCGCCUCAGUUCUUGAGCUUGGUGGCCUCAAGGUUUCCAAGGAUGAAAUAGUGAGGGAUGACCCUACGAACAAUGUCCCAGAUACAAUAUUCUCAAAGCUGGGAAUGCAGCUUCAUAGGAGGGAUCAACAUCCACUUGGUAUCCUGAAGAAUGCAAUCUUUGAUUACUUUGACACGAAUUAUCCAAACAAAUUUGACAAGUUUGAUGAUCUAUGCCCUAUAGUUUCUGUUAAACAGAACUUUGAUGAUGUACUGGUACCUCCUGAUCAUGUUAGCAGGAGCUACAAUGAUACAUAUUACGUGGACUCUCAAACUGUUUUGAGGUGCCACACAAGUGCACAUCAAGCUGAGUUACUGAGCAGGGGUCAUACUCAUUUCCUUGUUACUGGAGAUGUUUACCGUAGAGAUUCUAUUGACUCAACUCACUACCCUGUUUUCCACCAGAUGGAAGGAGUUCGGGUCUUUUCUCCAAAUGAUUGGGAGGGAUCAGGCACUGAUGCCACAUCUUAUGCUGCUGCAGAUCUAAAGAUAUGUCUCGAGGGAUUGGCUCAACAUUUAUUUGGUGGUGUGGAGAUGCGUUGGGUCGACACAUACUUUCCCUUUACCAAUCCAUCAUUCGAAUUAGAGAUAUAUUUUCAGGAAAAGUGGAUGGAAGUAUUAGGUUGUGGGGUAACAGAGCAAGAAAUACUGAAAAGAAGUGGGAGAACCAAUAAUGUUGCUUGGGCUUUUGGACUUGGAUUGGAACGAUUGGCAAUGGUUCUCUUUGAUAUUCCAGAUAUCCGACUUUUCUGGUCUGCAGAUGAGCGUUUUACUUCUCAAUUUUCAAGUGGCCAACUUGGAGUGAAGUUCAAGCCAUUUUCUAAGUAUCCUCCAUGCUACAAAGACAUGAGUUUCUGGAUCAGUGAUUCAUUCACCGAGAACAACCUUUGUGAAGUUGUUAGAGGAAUUGCCGGGGAUCUUGUGGAAGAGGUGCAACUAAUAGACAACUUCACGAAUAAGAAAGGAAUGACCAGUCACUGCUAUAGGAUUGCUUACCGAUCCAUGGAGCGCUCACUCACAGAUGAGGAAAUAAACGAUUUGCAGUGGAAAGUAAGAGAUCAAGUGGAGAGCAAAUUAAAAGUCGUUCUUAGAUGAGUAUUCCUUCCUUAUUUUCCGCUUUUCUUCUCUCUGUACCGGGAAAAUAUAUUAUACCUUUUCUGGACUUGUUUUACCCUGCUAGUUCAUUGCACUUGUAGAUUGUAUAGGGAAAGGAAAACCUUAGUGAAUUUGCUGUCAUUUUUAGUUUUGAAGCCAAUUGUUCUAAUAAUAUGUCAAGAAUGAUGCAAUAACAAGAUCUAUACUUACACUCUUUCUUAUUC